UCUCCGUGUUCGGCGUGUCCCCUCGGCGGCGCGGCGGAACGGAGCGAGGAUGAAGCUGAAGCUGCUGGGCGCGGGCAGCGGGCGGCUGGGCUCGCUGGCGGGGCUGGGCCGCGGCGGGGCGGGCGCUCUGGCGCUGCCGGGCUGCCUGCUGUACACGCGGAGCGGCGCGGCKCCGCACCUCACCCACGACACGCUGAGGGAGGUGCGCGGUGUGCCCGGCGUGGCGCAGAUCGCCCUGCCCGCCCUGGCAGAAAUUCAUGACRUCCUGGAAGAGUAUAAAGAAGGAGCUGCAAAAUUUAUGGGUUUGCCAGAUGCUGUGCUCUACUGCUCCCUUCAUGACCCAGUCACUCCCUGCCCAUCUGGCUACAACACUAACAAGACAGUCUCCCUGUGGGGAAGCUCAGGGCGCAUGGAGAUGACGGUUUCCAAGUUCAUGGACAUCCAGCGGGCUGUUCAGCCAGACUGGUUCCAGUGCAUCUCUGAUGGAGAAACCAUUUCUGGAGAAGCUGGUAGAAAAAGAGCCAAGAAGUCUGUGGAUAGGUCACUUUCCUUCUUGGAUGUAUGCCUUCAGCUGCAAGAAAAAUCACCGGAACUACAAGGAAGUGUAAUGUUUGGGGCAAUUGAAGGUGGAGAUGUCUUGGAAGAGAGGCUCAGAUCAGCCAGGGAGACUGCCAAGCGGCCUGUAGGUGGCUUUCUGCUAGAUGGCUUCCAGGGAAAUGCCAUGGCCAAGGAGACCAAGUUGAAACUGAUAGCUUCUGUCACAGCAGAGCUGCCAGAGGAUAAGCCAAGAAUUAUUCACGGUGUAGGCAAACCAGAUGAGGUGCUUGAGUGCAUUGAAAAAGGAGUGGACAUUUUUGAGAGCUUCUUUCCCUUCCAAGUGACAGAGCGAGGCUGUGCCUUGGUUUUCAAUUACGAGUACCAUCCGGAUCCUGAAGCAACAGCAGUUUUAACACAAAAUGGAGCUCAGGACCUGGAGAAGAAUGGUGCUCAAGAAGACCAAGAUGAAGUCUUCAAAGCUGACCCAGAAAUGACAACAUUUGAGAUAUUUCUGAAGGACAAAAAGUACCACGAUGAUUUUGGUCCCUUGCUGGAAGGAUGCAGCUGUUACUGCUGUCAGAGGCACACUCGUGCCUACGUCCAUCACCUCCUGGUGACCAACGAGCUGUUGGCUGGUGUCCUGCUUAUGAUGCACAACUUCCAGCACUACUUUGGUUUCUUCAGUGCCAUUCGGGAUUCCCUAAGGGACAAUAAACUGGAUCAACUCAAGAAGCUUGUCUUCAGGCAGAUGCUGCAAGGCYCAGCAAAUGCAACACUGAGCCAGUGAGUUCAGAGAGGACAGAGGACRUUGCAGGUUGUGUGCUCAUCCAGUGGAACUGUAUCACCUGGACCUGUCAGUAGUAAAAUGCCUUUUUUCCUUCCUGGAGGGAUCUUAAGGAGAUGUUUGAAGAAGAUCUCACAUCAUGGGGAAGGAUGAUUUUGUUCCAAGGUCUACUUUGGUUAAUUUCCAAUGGCUCAGUUUGGUUAAUUGGCUUGGUAUGUUCUUGGUGGAUGGAAGAACCUGGACGGUUCACCAGUAAGACCAGUAUGGAUAACUUCGUUUUCAGCUACUGCUGAUUUCCCAUGUGCAGGGACAGAGUUAUUGAACUUGUGAUUGAAGAUAAAGCAGGGCAUAUAUUUAAAAUUAAUCCAGCUGCUUGGAGGCUUAGCAGCUGCUUGGGACUCUUGUUCCAUACCCACCCCACCAAUAAUUAUUUUUCUAGAAAAACCUAGUGGUGUCCUAGUGUCUUAUCAUGUAGCUCCUUGGUGAGAAAUCCCAACUCAGUCUAGGACACUGUCCUUGUGGCCAUUGACAGCAUCUUGGAAAGAACUGACUGGAAGUGCUGCAGUGUCCAGUGGCACAAGGUACUGUGUGUGUACUUCUCUCUCAGGCUGCCUGCAGUGCAGAAUGUUCUCUGGGCUUGGAAGAAGCCCUUCACUUUGGCCUGGCCCUUACCACCCCUGCCUCAGGAGUCCCAGUCAGAGCCAGAGAGAAAAGAAAAUGUUUAAUCCAUGUCCUGCUUGAGARGUUUUUUUCCCAACUCUGCAUUUUUUCCAGAUUUCACUCCCAUGUUAGCAUGUGGAUGAUAAUGUCUGUACCAUUCUUUCCAGCUACCCUAGCACACAAAUGUCACUGAGAUGGAGCUGUAGAAAAGAUGUGUCAUAGGAAAGGGCUUUUAGAAAAUGUUYUUGUGGCUCCUUAUUUUAAAAUAUGACUUAGUUAUAUUCCUCUUAUUCAGUUGGUUUUUUUACUGCCCCUUACUGUGGAAUCAUGGAUUUAAUGAUUUUAUAUUACAAAGCAACAAUAAAAGAAAUUUAUUAUCUGUUA